UUUGAAUACGUGUUAACGUACGGACACAGUGUUAUAAAACUACACAAAAACUUAGUUUUAUAUUUUGUUAUUUGAAAUAUCUAAUAAAAAUGGUGACUGCAAAAAUAUUUAUUUUAGAAAAACCAUUUAAUGGUGCACCAACAGAGGAUAAUUUUAAACUAGUASAAGAAAAGCUSGAUGAAUUAAACAAAGGAGAAAUUUUAGUUGAAGCAAUUUGGUUUAGUGUUGAUCCAUACAUCAGAGCAUAUUCAAACCAUGUAUCUCCUGGAACAACUGUUAUGGGUACUCAAAUAGCGAAAAUUAUCAAAUCAAAUAAUCAAGAUUACGAAGUCGGUCAAAUAGUAUUCUGUUCUACUGGCUGGAGAACAUUUAGUGUCAUUAAUCCCACUUUAUUAGAGAAGAAUGGUAUGCCGACAUUUUAUGUACUCCCUGAUUUUGGAAAUUUAUCUCCUUCACUUGGUCUCGGAGUGCUUGGAAUGCCAGGUAAUACAGCCUUAUUUGGAUUUUUAAAUAUUUGCGACCCAAAACCAGGGGAAACUGUUGUCAUUAGUGCUGCAGCAGGAGCUGUAGGUAUUCACGUGGGGCAGAUUGCAAAAAAUUUAGGAUGUUAUGUAAUUGGUUUUGCUGGCUCUGAUCAUAAGGUUAAAUGGCUGAAGGAAGUUCUUAAAUUUGAUGCAGCGUUCAAUUAUAAAACGAAAGAUGUCAAUGCAGCUCUUCUAGAAGCUGCUCCACAUGGUGUAGAUUGCUAUUUCGAUAACGUUGGAGGCGAAUUCAGUAGUGCAGUUAUCUAUAGAAUGAAAAAUUUUGGACGUGUUUCGGUUUGUGGUUCAAUUUCAUCGUAUAAUACUAAUCCAAAAAAUUUACCAAAAGUGGCAAUGUUGCAACCAGCGAUUGUUUUUAAGCAACUAAAAAUCGAAGGUUUUAUUGUUAGUAGAUGGGCAGAUAAAUGGCAGAGUGGUAUUGAACGUAAUUUAAAUCUAAUAAAAGAGGGCAAACUUAUUUACCCGGAAUACGUUGUUCAGGGAUUUGAAAGUUUACCACAGGCUUUUAUUGAUAUGCUGAAUGGAAAAAACAUAGGAAAAGCUUUGGUCAAAGUUUAAAUAUUAAGAACUAAUUUUAACUCCGAAAAGAUACACUACAAUUAUUKUUAGACCCUGUGUAUUUAGAUAUAAAUAUUACUACUGACAUAUUAAUAUAAUUUAUAUUCUAAAAAUACACAUUAUAGAUACCUAUACAAAAUUAUUUACUAUAGUUUUUAUUAACUAAAAUUAAGGUUUUUAAAAUGUAAGAAAAAUUACCCCGAAAUAAAAAGUAUGCUAAAAAUAUGUAUUCCCCUAAAUCAGUUCAACUGGUAUAAGCAACAACAUUGGUUUAUAUAAUAAAAUCACAAAUAUAUAGUAGAUGUAUUAAUGUAUUAUAAAUAAAACACUAAAUUCUAUUAUAGUAGGAAAAAUUACCCAAAUAUAGUUAAUAUUGACAAUAAAGCGUCCAAUAAAAUAUUAA